ACACGUGAUGCGAAUCGACUAAUCGUAUGAAAGUUGACUCGACGUUAGUAAGUUAGGUUUCGUAUUGACACGUUUAACUCAGAAUCUGUUUGUUUAUGACUUAUAUUCAAAAUGAUGGAUAAAAUCAAAGCUUUACCUACGCAUAUGGAUUUUGAUGGACAAAGAAGAGCAGAGCGCAUUUUCCAAACAAUAAUAAUUCUGUUUGCAGUGGUUGGUCUAAUUUGGGGUUAUAUAUGUCAGCAGUUUUCUCAAACUGUAUAUAUUUUGGGUGCUGGAUUUCUCUUAUCUUGUCUGUUGACAUUACCUCCUUGGCCCAUGUACCGAUUGAAACCUCUUUCAUGGCAGAAACCAAGAGAUGAAAACCACAGCAGCCAAAUACAAAAGAAUAAGAAGAAAACCAAAUAAAAAUUGCUAUUAAAUAUUUAUAAUGCAUUCCAUUCUUAUAUUUUGUAUUUUGUUUCUCGAACUUUAAAUACAUAAUUAACUUGUAUUUGUCAUUAAAGUUGUAGUUCUUUCUCAUUAUGCUUAGUGAGAGAAUUUAAAGAAUUAUUUCCAUGAUAAUUUUGAAGACAUAAAACUUUCAAUGGAAUAGUUAACAAUUUUUGCUUUAUGAAAAUUUCAUUUAAAAUGUAAUGUUUUUAAAUAUAAAAAAUAUGAGGAAUACAUAAGUUUGUACUUUGACAAGAAUAGUUUUAUAUUAAAUUCUACAAAUAAUUUCUAGAACUGAAAUAAUUGC